UGAUACUUUUGUUUUUAAUUUCUGCAUCCAUGCCUUUCUUCUGGUCUGGUACAAACAGCCUCCAUGAAGAGUUUGGUUUCUAAGUUCGCCUCCCCUUAGUAUAAACGGUUUGGAGGGGAGGAAAAAGAGACGGACAGCACAGGGGGUAAAUGCUCGCGAGAGGCAGAGCGCUAGGCUGGUGCAGGUCCCUCUGCCUGGGAACAUUUUCAGACAGAGACUUACAGGAAUCUUGCUUAGCAGAGUCUCAUUUCAGAAACGAAAUAGGAAAGUUGGAUGGAGUUUGAUUUUUCCUUCCACAGGAACAAUUGGAAAACUAACGAGGGGAGGGCUUCUGCUAGGGUUGGUGGAAAGUCUCAGAGGUCUUCUAAAAUGCUGGCAAGUGGAAGGACGUCCAUUCUUUCUUAAAGGGAAACGGUUUAAUUCUUAAAUAAAGUCAAUGAACUUCAGGCGUGCCUACAUCGAUGUCUGGGUCUUAAUGGUUUAGGCGACUGCACUAAAGCCUGGUUACAGGUCAGGAAAUCUCUGAAAAAGCUGGCAUCCUAGCACUUCAAGAAAAACAAAACAAAACAAAAAAAACCAGGAAUGUCGUCCCGCCGUUUGGGGGGUUGGUGGCAGGUCUGGUCAUCUGCAUGGCCGGCCCCGCGCGCGUCUGGAGCAGCCGGCGUCCUCCUCCUCCCGUCCAGACCUUUACAAGCUCCUCCUCGCGGUGCCCGCCAACUCCCCAGGGUACAAAGUACAGCGAGGACGCAGGCGGAGCCGUUCUGAGCGGCGUAGCCGUAUCGCCAGCGCCUGGACCCCUAGAUGGAUUUCCAAUUCCGCGCCUGGCACGUUCGGGAGCGAGUCUCAGGCUGUUCCCGAGCUCCCAGCCGCCGUGCGUCCUUGUUUGUGGAGUCGAUUCCCAGAACACCCUCGCCCGCCAAGAGCUGCCUGCAGUAUUAUAUGGCAGAAUCCUCUAACCCCGAGUAGUUGUUCUUUCUCCCCAUAAAGCUCUUGGUGUAAGGUCCGUUUCCAGGACUCUUAAGAGAAAUUGUGUUGAGCAUCUGGUCCGGGACCCAAAAGAAGCGACUUGGACCGCGCCAAGAACGUCUACCUGCUGGCAGACCACGCCUGCACUUGGCGAGGGCGCCCUCCGCGUCCGGCUGGAGGGAGCGCGCCCCGGGUAAGGAGGGACCGGAGCUUCUGCAGCGGGUCUGGGGGCAGGGCAAGUGGGGGCAGGAGGUGGGGGAUUGCGGUUCGGGACAGCGGAACGGGAGGGGAGCUGAGCUCUCCCCCAGGAGAGGGCAGCAACUUGAGGGAAACUAAGAUGAAACUCCAGACACCCGUUCGGGGUCCGCUUCAGUCUUUGUUGCCGGAUGGAAUGGGACGAAAUCUGCCACCUAUCUUCCCACUCGCCCGCCCUCCAGCAAGCUGCUGACGCGCUAGUGGUGCCUUAUUAAUCUUUCACCAGCCCAGAGCCGCGCCAGUUAAUGGCUGUGCCGCGUGGGGCUCCAGCGUUUUGGCCUCCCGGUCUCCGCGCUCGCCAGUGCCCUGGCGCCCCGGAGCUCCAAGCGGCAGCUCUCAGGAAGCCGCUGGGCGAUGCGCCCCGCCGGCGCCGCCCCAGCCCGGGCAGCUGCGGCGAAGGCGGCGGCAGCAGGGGCCCCGGGGCCGGCGCUGCGGACGGCAUGGAGGAGCCGGGACGAAACGCGUCCCAGAACGGGACCUUGAGCGAGGGCCAGGGCAGCGCCAUCCUCAUCUCUUUCAUCUACUCCGUGGUGUGCCUGGUGGGGCUGUGUGGGAACUCUAUGGUCAUCUACGUGAUCCUGCGCUACGCCAAGAUGAAGACGGCCACCAACAUCUACAUCCUGAACCUGGCCAUUGCUGACGAGCUGCUCAUGCUCAGCGUACCCUUCCUGGUCACCUCCACGCUGCUGCGCCACUGGCCCUUCGGCGCGCUGCUCUGCCGCCUCGUGCUCAGCGUGGACGCGGUCAACAUGUUCACCAGCAUCUACUGUCUGACCGUGCUCAGCGUGGACCGCUACGUGGCUGUGGUGCACCCCAUCAAGGCGGCCCGCUACCGCCGGCCCACCGUGGCCAAGGUGGUGAACCUGGGCGUGUGGGUGCUGUCGCUGCUGGUCAUCCUGCCCAUUGUGGUCUUCUCGCGCACGGCGGCCAACAGCGACGGCACGGUGGCCUGCAACAUGCUCAUGCCCGAGCCCGCCCAGCGCUGGCUGGUGGGCUUCGUGCUGUACACGUUUCUCAUGGGCUUCCUGCUGCCCGUCGGGGCCAUCUGCCUGUGCUACGUGCUCAUCAUUGCCAAGAUGCGCAUGGUGGCCCUCAAGGCCGGCUGGCAGCAGCGCAAGCGCUCGGAGCGCAAGAUCACGCUGAUGGUGAUGAUGGUGGUUAUGGUGUUUGUCAUCUGCUGGAUGCCGUUCUACGUGGUGCAGCUGGUCAACGUGUUCGCUGAGCAGGACGACGCCACGGUGAGCCAGCUGUCGGUCAUCCUGGGCUACGCCAACAGCUGCGCCAACCCCAUCCUCUACGGCUUUCUCUCGGACAACUUCAAGCGUUCUUUCCAGCGCAUCCUCUGCCUGAGCUGGAUGGACAACGCCGCGGAGGAGCCAGUCGAUUACUAUGCCACGGCCCUCAAGAGCCGCGCCUACAGCGUGGAGGACUUCCAGCCCGAGAACCUGGAGUCCGGCGGCGUCUUUCGCAACGGCACCUGCACGUCCCGAAUCACGACGCUCUGAGCCUGGGCCCCGCAGGGUCCGUGCGCCCAAAGAGAAGCCGAAUGAGGAGAAGGGAAGACCGGGUGCGAAAGGGGACGGUAUUCAGGGCUCCAGGGUGCGGUGGGGAUAGCGUGGGGCUAGGACACCGCGAGUCUCUGGUGCAGGGACCCGCGAGGGGCGGGACAACGGUAGGAUCGAGAGAUUUGUUUAUAAACCGAGAAGCAUUCUUGCUACCUUCUCCGUCUCCCACUUUCUCGGCUCCUUUCUCAACGGCUCUCGCUCCUCUAUGCUCCCCACCCUGCAACUUCGAUCCUUCCUUCGCUACUACCCCGCCCACGCAGGACACGAACUCAUUAGCAUUGUCAACUCAACCCAGCUGCAGUCCCUCCAGCCUUAUUUCUGUUUGGUUAAGCUGAGCCACCGUUACCGCCACGGGUUUCCCUCGGGGUUAGCCCCUAGCUCGCCCUCAGCCCCGCCCAGCCGCUCCCGGGGCCGCUGGUCCAGGUGCUGCCUGGUGCCCCUAGUGGUGUCCCGGGGACCAGCGCUCUCCCUUUGCGCAGCCCUACUGGAAGGGUAGUGAGACUUCAGAGAGUCAGCAGCUGGUUUGUUUUCCCACCCUUGGCUGAACGUGCGUCCUUCGCCGGGGUCCUUCGUCAAUCUCACUCCACCUAGAGCAAAGCCAGCGGCUUAGUGAAAUAGGUCCCGCGCUUGGAACCCCAGGCUUUCUGCAGUCCCCAGCCAAACUCCCCUCUAGAGCAAAAGGGAGCUGAGAACAAGCCAAAUGGGUUUUUGUGAGAGUCUAGGGUUGGUGGGGAGGUGGGUAUACCAGAACUCUCCCUCCAGCUGGGCUCAAGAGAGGCGCUCUCGGUUUCAAAGAGCAAGUCCUUUUUUUUUUUUUGUGGUUUUUGGCCAGGGCUGGGUUUGAACCCGCUACCUCCGGCAUAUGGGACCAGUACCCUACUCCUUGAGCCACAGGCGCCGCCCCAAGUCCUGCGCGCUCCUGGCCAGCGUUAGGCAGGGCAGGGCAGGACUCACCUUCUCCUGGGGCCCCUCAGGUCACAGGGCUGCAACUCCACCUGGCUCUCGCCCUCACACAAGAGUCUGGAGGAGCCCGUGUAAGAGUAAGAAGAGGCUUGGCUUCCUGCUCCGGUUUACCUUGAAGACCCAGUGACUAGGGUGACUCUUUUCAGAGCGUUGACCAAUACUGGCCGUGUCCGCACUACCUGCAGGCUCCAGAAUGAGGCCUGCCUGGCCUCCGAGGGUUGCUGCCUUUCCUGCGGUGCCUCAUAAGUUAUUUAUUGCUUAAUAUAUUUAUUUAUUUGUGGUGUUGGAAAAUGCGUCUUUGGCUUCCUGCCCUCUACUGGCCUGGUCCGGGUCUUGUCUCUGGGACCCUGUGGGUGGGAUGGAGUGGAAGUGGGAGAAAAUUCCCAGCCCUGAGGCCCACCUCUGGAAACCUCUCCUUACCAGGCCCUCUGGAUUUAUCCUUUCCUAGCCUUUCUAAUUUUGAUUGGGUGCAGUGAAGUUUGGAGAUUUUUUUCAUCUUUUUCUUGUUGUGGAGUCUUGUCUGUCGGAUAAACUCUUGUGAGUUGGUAGUCUCCUGUCCACGCACAGUGGAAAAGUCCUGAACUCCUGGGUUUCCAGGACGCAUAUGUAGGCCAAACACCACUGUCUAUGAUUUGAGUGUGUGUAUAUUUUAUAUAUAUAUAUAUGGACACACAUAUAUAUUAGUUUAUCUUAUUCCAUUGUCAUGAGUCCAUGAAACAAUUCCAAGCGCAGCCCCGACCAUGCCGGUGUGAGUCUGGCUGGAACCAACACCUUCAGCUUCUGGGGUUCAAGCAUCCCUUAACCUGAAUCUGAGAAAUCUCAUAAUCUAAUUCUAAAUCCUCCCUGCUGAGGAUGCCCCUGCUUUCUCUGGGUUCUGGCAGAGGUGAUUCUCACACCCAGUUCACUUGGCAUCAUCACUCCUCUGAGGUCACUGAAAGUGGAAUAAUUUGUGUCUAUGUCUAAUCUUACCAACUACAUUGGAAGCCUGAGCAGACAAGGACCAGUGAUUUUACUUCUUCGUACUUCCUGUAUUGCUUUAGUAUGCUGGCUUGUACAUAGUAGGCACUGAUUACACAUGUGUUGGUUGAUUGUUUAAGUAAGUCAGAAGGUAUUUCAACAAUCCGGAGAUACGAAACCUAGGGUUCUCAGGUUCUCUCAUUGACGUCAUACACAAUGGUUAAAACCACUAUUGAAAGAGAUGUUUUGUAUAUAUUUGCUUCAAGAACUUUAUGCUUUCCUGAAAGCAGUAACUGAGAGUUAAGACGUUCUUAAUGUUUUGUUUAAACUAAUGAACAAAUAUGCUUUUGGUUACAAAUCAGAAAGUUUAGGUCUGUUCUUUAAUAAUUAUAUAUAUUAUUACUCUUUGGAAAAUAGAUUUUUAAUGGUUAAGAAUGGUGAGAUUUACCAGUCAAAAUCUUGAUUAUUACUCUCUCAAGAGGAUACAAGUCUAGUGCUCUUAAUCUGUUGCCAUUGUAUUAUUAACUAAAUAAAACAGAUUGUGCUGUUGCAA